AUGGUGGCAAGGGAGGGGAUGGCAGCAUACAUUGCCUAAUAUGCAAAGCACAAGGUCCCUUGCCAGGAAUGCGGUAGGAAAGUAACAAGGGAAUGUUUAGAGGGGCAUGCUGCUUCCCUUUGUUCUAAUAAGAGAAUAUUAUGUCCACCAGGCUGCGGAACAAGCCUUCUAUGGCAAGCUAUUGUCAAUUUAAUUAUGCAAUCAAAUGUAAAAUGGUUAUCUAGGCCAAUAAAAUAUCCAAAAGUUGCACUAGCCAGCUCAUCUCUGGUCCCUACUAUAAAACACAAAUGUCUUUUUCUUUUGUCUAUUGUUUUUCAAACAAACAACACCGAUUACAGUAAAACUUUAUGCAUGCACUUUGCAAUGUAACAUAGCAAGUAUUCAACAUAUUGUGUUCGUUGAAGUUGUUAGUUUUACUCAGCGAGUCCGCUUGCGAUCAUAUUUCAUAUAUUUCUUCUGAUCAUAUUUCAUUAUGUCAUACGUCAUGCAGCCUCUUCGCCGUUAGGCAUUAAUUCAGCACUACAGCAUUCCAGCAAAUGUGGGUUUUGGUAUUUUGUAAGCUUCAUCAUUAUUUUCAUUGUAAUUUUCCUAAGUGUAUUUAGUUUAAUUUAAAUUGUAAUAGGUUUUCACUUGUUAUUUUGUUUACAGUUUUAAAUGAUGCUACCAACUGGUAUCAGAGAUUGUUGAAAUAGAAUAUAUCAUUAAGUCGCAUUAAAAACUGUCUGUAUUUAUUGCUGAAAGUCACCCAUGGCAGCCACACCUACUUUAUUUCUUUUGUAGGCUCCACUUGAUGCUUCAUUUGAGCGAGUGCCCAGAAAGAACGGUCUGCUGUAUAGUGCCUGGCUGCAUUACCAUGGUAAAGCAGAAGGAUGUACUGCAGCACUCGAUAAAUGCAGCCUCUGCCCACAUUGUUCUGCAGGAAGAAGAGGUCCAGCUUCUGCAGUGCCAGAUGCAUUUCCAGGUGAGAUGCUUGAAUUAUAAGAAUAUUAAAAAAAAAAGAUGUGAUAUGAACAUGAACUGAACAUUCAGUUUCAUUUCAGAGAACCAAACCAAGAUGGAGUUUAGAAGAGAAAGGUGUGUUCUCCUUCAGCUGGAGGGGAGAAAAGUGGAGUGA